AUGUCUGCGGAACCUCUGGAAAGCAGCUACAGUCUGCACUCUCGCCGUCUACAAGAGCCGCAGCCACAAGAGCCGUGCAAGACGAGCCAACCGACCAAUCGAUUCUUCGUGCUCCUCGCCCCGUUCUCGGCCCUCGCUCUGCUGCUCGCGAUCAUUUUCUAUUCGAUUAAUGUGGGCCACUCGAUCUACUCGGUCUUCCUCCUGCAAGGCUGUCUGGCCGUCGGGAUGCUGGAGAUUAGCUGGUGGCACUACCGUAUUCGGCAACGGUUCUUGGCUUCACUGGAAGUGACGUCUAUGGCGGACAGUUUAGCGAGGGACGGAGAUCCGGAAUUGUCGCUCGCUGGUCGAGAGCAGUACGAUCGGGCGCUGGAAGAGACGAUGGAGCCCAAGGCAUUCGCAGUCACCAGCUUGACCUGCAGGUGGUUACCGGAUGGACGUGGUGUUGCAUUUGUGGUGGCGUUGGUAGCCGCGUCGGUUGCUGCUGCAGUGAGCGUCGCUAUUGCCGAACUCACUGAAAGCUCAGUGACUGUAUGUGCUGCAGUGGGUGCGUUCGCCGGUGUCUUAUGUGCCUGCUUGGCCCCGACACCAGGUGACGGCAUUGCUAUAUUCAUUCACGUGGCCGCGCUGACUGCGACGGCGAUGAAUACCAUGUACGUGUAUUACACGGGCUCGGUGACGAAGAUUGCAAUUGUGGACUACCUAUUCGUGGCCCAAUCUGGCUGGAUGACCAUUGCAAUUUCACGGAUAAUUGUGUCAAAGAAGUUGCUCGAGUGCUUUCUGAUGGUAUCGUUGGAUACGGUCGCACUACUUCACGUGACAGUAAUUAUGAUGGAAAUGGUAGACUUUGUUGAGCAUCCGGGCGCUGAUGAUGUACCUCACGAGCUUGAUGCGUUCUUCAUUACGAUCGUGUCGGCUGAGUUUGGCCAUUACCUGUUCAGUAUAGUGACUGGUCGGUUGAUGCCUUUUUGUUUCUGGCACUGGAAGUAUACUCCUCCACGAAUGUGGGGGGCAGAUUUCGUCGUGUCCGUGCUGUUUGGCGUCGCCGGUAUGAAGAUUUGGACAGCUAUCGCCUCUUUGAAUAUGAGUACGUGGAACACCAUCGCACUACUGGGGGCUUUGGGAUUGUCCCAGAUAGGACGCUCCUUUAUAUCUUUGACUCAAGAAACUGCCAGGGUGCCUCCACGGACUUGUGCAACGUUUGAUGUCUGGAACAAUGGAAUUGUGGAGUUGAUUAAUCCGUUCCUCGUCGGGUGGAUUGUGUUCCAUCCGUUUGCCAAGAAGAUUGUAGGGAAAGAGAUCGAAUACUGA